AUGACUGAGAAUCCUUCAAAAUCGCUCGAAAAUCACCCACUUCUUGGAAGAACAAAGUUGCGGCAAACACUGACGAAGACUAGGAAGGUGAACACCCUCAUUAAUGCAGUGAAGCGAUUUCAGGACGAAAAUAGCAUCAAGCUGGACACCCUUCCUCCUGCGCUUCAGCUCUUGGAUCUGCACAAAAUAAAGCGGCAUGACUUCUAUGAUCAGGCAGCAGCUGACAUAUCUGAACAAGUAGUGGCCCGUAUACGUGCUCUUGGUGAACAUGGGACUCCUGAGUCACGCAAGGAAGACUUGCUGAUAUCCGCUGAACCGUCUAAAACAAAUUUCUUUACAUUUGAGACCACCAAGGCACGUCGUCAAUGGAAGGAAAUAAAAGACCUGAUCAUGUUUAUUGGAACUUACGAGGAAUUAUUCCUUGAUGUGACGGCUUACAUUAGGGAAAUAUUUUCCGCAACAGGUGAUGUAAUGCUGUGUUCGUUAAGAAAUGAACUAAUCAUGGCGGCUCAUGACGGUUGUAUCGAAAAUGUUGUUAAAGCUGAUCCAUGUCACGACUUUGCUUGGUGCCUGGAAGCAUGCAUGCGUGAUAAGCAUUUGGAGAGUCACCAAACGAACAGGCUUCGUCACAUCCUAGACAACUUCCUUAAAACAUCAUAUGAGUUACAGUAUCGUAGACCUGGCCAUGAUAGCUGGAGAUGUCCAUGUGAUUCAUUUCUUGUGUUCCAUGACUUUGAAAAAACUGCGAGAUUCGGUAUGUGUUUUCCCACUUUCAGAGCUCGUUUAGUGAUGACGGUCUUCUGGCUUCAGUUCGUUUGGUAG